AUGACUAUCGUUUUUGUCCUGCAGCUGGAGCCAAUUUUCCUGGGCCCCCUUUCCUUUUCUGCUCAUGGUUACUUUGGGGCCUUUCCCAUGGUGACUACCGCCUAGCUGCCUUUACCCCGCAUCCUACCCCUGACACUGUCCCACACUUUUUUCAUCCCUCAAUUCCUGGGGGAAGACUGUCCCUGUCUGAACCCACAGCCUCCCGGCCCAGCACAUCUGUCCAACUGUUAUUUAGCUACAGCAACAGGCACCCCUCUGGCAGUGCCAAAGAAGUGGCAAAAGAAGGUGCAGACCAGCCCAGUGAGGCAGCAUCCAGGCUUCCAUCAGUACCAACAGCACCGGCCAGGUGUCAAGUGUGGGUGCAGCCCCACGACUUAGAGCAGAGCACAGGAAGUAUUAGGAUAGACAACCAAUUAGGCCUUGGGUCCUGUGGCGAUAACCCAAACUGAGGAAGCCAGCCCUUACCCUGGCCUGCUGCCACCCAUGGUGCCCAGCCAACCCUCAUUCAGAAAAGAGGUUUUAAAAUCAAAGAUGGGAAAAUUGGAGAAAAUUGCCAUUCCUCACUGCCAGCUUGUUCAAGUUAUACAUUUGUGUGAACAACCAAAGACACAUAGGAAAGCAAAUAUACUUACACUAUCCAAGAUUACUCUGUAAAAAGAAAAUAACUUUUGGGUAGAUUCUGUUUCAUCUGAUAUAAUUCAGAAGCGGGAAAAGGCAUUUAUAAGUACCAAGAACAUUGGAAAUAUGCAUUUGAAGAAAUCAGCAAUUCUAACUGAAGUGAAACAAAAGGAAAAUUAUGCUGGGGCAAAGUUUAGUGAUCCACCUUUUUGUGUUCUUCCAAAGCCUCCUACUCACUGGACAGGAAGCAGCAUUGGAAACCUCAAUAAAAAUAAGGAGUUAAUGGCAGUAUAAUUAAAAACUCUCCUUAAAGUUGAAACUUAG